UUUGGGACUACCCUCAUGAAGAACAAGGGAGCCAAGCAGAAACUCAAGAGGAAGGGAGCCGCAAGCGCCUUUGGCUGCGACCUGACGGAGUAUCUGGAGAGCUCUGGGCAGGAUGUCCCCUACGUGCUGAAGAGCUGUGCGGAGUUCAUUGAGACUCAUGGCAUUGUGGAUGGGAUCUACCGCCUCUCAGGAGUGACAUCCAACAUACAAAAGCUGAGACAAGAGUUUGUCUCUGACCAAUGCCCGGAUCUGACAAGGGAAGUUUACCUCCAGGACAUCCACUGUGUGGGGUCACUUUGCAAGCUGUACUUCAGGGAACUGCCCAACCCUCUCCUCACUUAUGAGCUCUACAAGAAAUUCACGGAAGCAGUAUCGCGCUUCCCUGAGGACGAGCAGCUGGCACGAAUUCAAAAUGUCAUCCAGGAGCUCCCACCAUCACAUUACAGAACACUGGAAUACCUGAUCAAGCACCUGACUCACUUGGCCUCCUUCAGCAACAUGACCAACAUGCACACCAGAAACCUGGCCCUGGUGUGGGCUCCCAAUCUCCUCAGGUCAAAGGAGAUUGAGGCGGUUGGCUGCAAUGGGGAUGCAGCUUUCCUGGAGGUGCGGGUGCAGCAGCUGGUGAUUGAGUUCAUCCUGAAUCACGUGGAUCAGAUCUUCAACAACAACAGAAAAGCCAGUUGUGCAGAGAGCAUUGAGAGUGCCUCAGUUGUCAAGAGUCUGACCCUACCCACAGCCUCCCUGCCAAUGAAACUGGUGAGUCUGGAAGAAGCACAGGCACGGAGUCUGUCGGCCUCCCACCCUGCUCGGAAGGAGAGGAGAGAGAACAGCUUGCCUGAAAUUGUCCCUGUAACUGGGCCCCUCUUCCACACAGUUGUUGAUCUCCCCGACAGCAAGAGAAAAUUAUCUACCAAGUCGAAGAAAUGGAAGUCGAUAUUUAACUUGGGCCGUUCUGGCUCAGAAUCGAAGUCUAAACUGAGUCGAAACGGGAGUGUCUUUGUAAGGGCACAGAAGCUCUCAGAAAAAGCAACUAUUCGGCCUGCGAAGAGCAUGGACUCACUGUGUUCCCUGCCAGUGGAAGGGGAGGAUGAAAAGAGCAGAUUCAAACGGACAGUGACUACUGGAGGGUUUUUUGUUCCUGUGAUGAAGAUACGGACAGGAGGCACAGGCAGCUCAUAUGACCUCAGCAAGGAGAAUGAGUGGGAGCGGGAUGGAUCUGCCACGGGGGCCAAAGGAAGCUCAGAGCUGAGUGGGGAGAAAGGUCCUCCCCGGACCCCACAGGCAAAGUCACCUCCUGAGCAGCUGAAGGUCUUCCGUGCAGCAGAGAGUGCUGAAAAUGAGCAGACCUCCCUCAAAGGGGGCCACAUGUUCUACACCUCUGACACAGCUGCCAAAUCAGGUUUCCCAAGCAGCCUCUUUCCCCUGGAGGCCUCCCCUCGUCACCAGAGGAAAGCCUUGAACAUCUCAGAGCCCUUUGCAGUCUCUGUCCCCCUGCGGGUAUCCGCUGUCAUCAGCACCAACAGCACACCCUGCCGUGUGCCCCCCAAAGAGAAGGUUUCCCUCUCCAGCCUGGAGGAGCUGUCUUCCCUGGUGGCUGAGAGCACAAGCUCCUCUUCCCUGGAAGCGGGGACCCACACCAGGACAAACCAGGUGCAGGAGCGGACGGAGAAACAGCUGGGGUCCACCCUGCCAGCAGCUUCAUCCAGAGGUUCUCACCCUGAGGAGUUGGUGGCAGCCAGGAAAUCUGAGUCCUUAGAAACUUCACAGCUGGCAGCAGAAAAUCAGGAGACGUUAUGUGGGCCAAGCAGCUGCACAAGCAGCACCAGCAGCCCCCAGCAGUCCUCAGAGCAAAGUCCCAUCUUGGAACAAACACCAGCCUCAGAGGUUCAUACAGAACCACUCCCUGCAGACAAGGCAGAGAAAGGACAGCCCAAGAUAAAGGAUGUCUCCUCAGAAGGCAGCUGUAGCCAGCAGGAGAUCAAGACAGCUAAGACAGAAGAAGGGUCACACUUAAGAGAUGUGAUUGAGGAGGACCCUGCAAAAGUCCUUCUAGAACCUCUCUGGCCAGAGAUGCAGCAGGAACUGAAAAUUAUUGAACCUGAAGAGGAGCUCCUGCUCUUGCCAGCAUCUGUCCCCAAGCCUGGCUUAAUUUCUGAAUCCUCGUCUUCAGUACAAGCAGAUAGUUUGUCCUCUGGCCCAGGGCAGAGUCCAACAGCGUCUGAGCAGAAAUCUGCAAGCAGAACACCACAGACAACAACUCAGGUGCCUUUAUUUGGUGCCACUGGCAUGAAUCAACAAGAUAGCCUCCACAACUGCCAGUCUGAUGUGGCUGCACAGCAGAGCUGUGCUUCAGCCUUACCCAAACCCAGUACUCUUCCAACUACCACAGCCACUCCAAAGAACCACCACCCAGUGGUGGAGGAGAGCAGGAGUGAAUGUCUCACUCCUCCAGUGGACUGGAGGAAUCAUAGACAAUCGGAAUUUAAUGAGGUUGCCCCGAGCAAUGAAUUUUCUUGUUCCAAAGGAGCACAUCCAGAGUCAAAGAGAGAAGAAGAUAGCACUUGCCAGCUGCAGAGGGAAAAGGAUGGUCUUACCAGAGCCCAGGCUCAGAUAGAGAAGCCUGAGAUACUGACUGCUGAUGAAAGGGACACAUUCUCCUCCAAGGCGCUGAGUGGAGCUGGAAUCCAGGAGAUGAGGGAGGCCAGUGCUGUUACCAGAGCCCAUGAUGCUGGUGACCAGGAUGAUGAGGAUACCUGGACAGAUAAUGUGCAGAUCUUAGAGCUUGUGGAGCCAUGGGAGGAUCACCAGUGGGUUACAAGCCCACUUCAUUCCCCCACCUUUAAGGACAUUCAGGAGAAGAUGAUACAGGAAUUUCAGCCACAGAGCCAGAGAGCUGAGACAAGCUUUUCUGUUAGACCACGAUUCAGUCGCAGCCUCUCCCUGGACAGUAAAGACACAGUGAUGAGUCUGUGGGCUAUCCCGUUCUCUUUCCUAGAUGCCAAUGACCAGCAGCAACCAUGCAGUGACAUUCUGCCACUGACUUGUGAACUGCCCAAAACACAACCCAUCUCCCCCUCUAGCUUGGGCAAAACUAAGCAAGAUGAGAGUGGCACAUGUCCUCCGCAAGAACCUUUGAAACCUGAGGAGCUGAGGUACCCCCUCAGCAGAGAGGAAGUACCAGCUGAGAAAGAAGGACCCUCCAGAAUCCUUCUUUCAGAGCCAGAGGAAAAGAAAGUGGACAUGAACAAAGAAAACCCUUGGAACUCAAAGCUUGAACUGUCUUUACCAUACCAAAAUAGCCCAGGCAAUUCUUCACAGGUGAAAAACACAAAGGAGGAAUUAUCCACGUCUCAGGAUACUGCCCUGGGAAGAGAGACUGUUACUAAAGCAUUGUGCUCUGCCACUGAGUCACAGCUGAGUAAUAAAGGUGAAGAAACACCUCGCAAAGUGAAGACUAGGCCAUCAUCCCUCAACUUGGAUUCACUCCUUCCAGCCCCAGAUUUCUUCACAUUCGAGAGCUUGUCCAAGCCCUCUGCCCCUGGGAACCUCCUGUGUGGGCAGAAGGAAGUAAAAAGCAGUGACUCUGUCCCAUCCCUGCCGACUGCCUGCCCUGCUGCCAGCAAAGGCAUUCCCUGGGGCUCUAAUUUCAAUGCCCACGUGGAUCUAGACUUGGAUUACCUGGCAGUGGCCCAUGCCACCACUGGCCGUCGUAACUCUGCCCCUGUCAGCGUGUCAGCGGUCAGGACCUCCUUCAUGAUAAAGAUGUGCCAGGCUAGAGCAGUGCCUGUCAUACCACCCAAGAUUCAGUAUACCCAGAUCCCCCAGCCCCUGCAGGCUCAGAACACUGCUCUGCUGGCUGAGAAGAAGGAACCAGAAACUAAGCAGGCCAUCAGGCAGACUCAACGGGUUGCAUGGAGCCACCUGGAGGCCCCCAAAAGCCCACUGGCAGAGAAGAAAGCCAAAGCAGAGAAAGAAAACAGUGACCCAGCUCAAAAGGACUCAGCCUGUCCUUGGCACAGCAGCCUUGGUGCUGUGCUGGAGCCAUCUCAGUCCAGUCAUCACCCCACUCUGGAUGCCCCUGUCCUGCGCCGAAAGCGCACCUCUGAGGGGGAGGCAGUUGGAGAUAACCCACAGUCCUCAAAGAUGGAGAGGCCAUCAGGGUUCUCCAAGCCUUCCUAUAGAUCUAGGCCCGGAAGGCCCCAGAGUCUGAUUCUCUUCAGUCCCCCUUUCCCCAUUAUGGACCACCCUUCCUCUUCAGCAGACUCCAGGGUGUUGUUAUCACCCAUAAGAAGCCCCACUCAGACCACCUCUUCAAGCCCCAUUUGUGGUGAUCUGUCUGAGACUUCGUGGAAGACGCCUGAGGGGGUGACACUGCGGAACAAAAUGACCAUCCCCAAGAAUGGCCAGAGACUGGAGACCUCUACCAGCUGCUUUUACCAGCCCCAGAGGCGAUCUGUGAUUCUGGACAGUCGAAGUGGGAGGCAGAUUGAAUAGCAACUGCUUCUUGUAUUCCUUUUCUGUAGUGGGACUGUUCAAGACCAGCUCUGUUGCCAUUUUGCUCUUGUUCUAACUGUUUUGUGCAAGAUGGACGCAAAUCCUUUACGGUUUCCUGCAAAGCAUUUUUCUAUGGAGAGUCAUAGUCUUUUUGUCUUGCUUUUCCUUUCCCUUUCUCACCCCUAUCUAGUCCCUCACUGCCUGCUUUUUUGUAAGCCAGUCCCAGGGAACUUGCAUUUUCUCAUACUAAAAGUCUAGCAAGCCCCAUGAAGGUCUCAUCCUCCGUAUGGAAAAAAGGAAAAAUAAAUCUCAUUAGAAUGAGAAAACUGAACUGGGGGGAAACACUGCUCCAAAGCACUGCAGCCCAGUGUGCAGGGGCACAAUCUCUGCUGAGGAGAUCAGUCCUUGGGUCCUCCUUCCAUAGUUUCCCAGCCACCAGUGAAGGACCAUGCCUGUCCAUAUCUGUUGUCUGAUUUAGAUAGUGUGAAUAAACAGUACAAGGAGACUGGGGAUAGCUGAAGAGGAAGGUGAAGCUGGCAUGAGCAUUUCACACAGGGUGAGGAACAGCCAAGGAUGUUUCAGUGACAAACACACUACCUGAAGUUAUUGCCUCCAGCUCUAUCCUUGCAUCAAAGAUGUGUUCUUUCCAGCAUGUGCAAGGGCAGGAAUGAAAGCAGCUGAACAGGAAAUGCCUAGUUGUUGUUUUAAUCUUCCAAGUGCAAUUAACAAGUUUUGUUGCACUCAGCCACACCUUCCUUGGGCAGAUAAGAUCUGUAUGACUGGGAAAUAUGUAGCUGCCUGUCCAGCAGUAGAGACUUCUCAAGAUGGUAUCAAUGAAAGCAAAAAUAUGGUCCUAAUGAAGGCCAGUAUAAACCAUUUUCAUCAUUGCUUAAAGCCAGUUGACACCUCUGCAACUAUCUCCAGCUGUGCUCCCAUGCUGCCAACAGCAGAGAAAAGCACAAGGAUCUUCUGAUCCGCUAUUGCCCUCUUGCACUCUGGCUGACAUCUUUGACCCUUGGUCUUUCAUUGCCACUGUGUGGCAUAUCCCCAGGUGCUUCUUCCUCCUUUAAGAUUCCUCUCCUUAGGAUUUGAUACCAUUUCUUUGAGAGCAUGGCCAGUUGUCACCUCCCUGCCUCUCAGUGCUUUCCAAUUGGUUAAGAGUAUGGUAAAGAGGAUGAUUUGUGGGACUGCAGAACAGAUCAUAAACAAUAUCCUGAGAGGGAGAUUUGAAGUGAAUUAAGCUUUCUCCUGAAGGCCUGUUAUUGUUAUAGGCAAAUACAUGUUCAUAUGAGCAACAGCUGCUGUGGAAAUAGAAUUAAAGCUUCCUUUAUAAAGCCUUUCACUCUGCAUUACCCACAGGCUCAUCAAUUGCCUUGUAUGUGACUGUGGGUGGUUGCAAAGCCAGGUACAGCCCAUGCUGCCUCUGGAAUUUAAAUGUCACUAGUGACCAUGUUGGAGACAGGAACACAGGUGUUGCUGCCACCACUGAGAUUGUCCUUGUAACGGUGCUUGCAGGGUCUGUAAUUUGUGGAGAUGGCUGAGUCUGUAGGUCCUUGGAAGGGUGUUAUGGGCUAUAGUUUAAGCAGUAACGGAGCAUCUGGUAGGAAGUGCUACAGCAACCAUGUUGAGUGUCAGCCAGAAUUUCCCAAUGGAUGUGUAUUAAGGGCUUUUUUUUAAUUAGCAAACUCAAACCAUGAGCUCUUGGUCUGUACUGAAUGUGUCAUCGUGGCUGUAGGGCCCAGAAUUUGUACAGUGCUUUCUCUGCACUCUUUGCUAAAGGGGAGAUAUGCCAGAGUACUUUUGAGAAGUUCUGGGCCCACAGAUGCAAGGAAUAUAUCUUCAGCAGAAUUUUCUCCUGCCAUAUCCAAAAAGAGGGCGAAAAAAAAAAGAGGGCUUUUCUCUGUCAUCAGUUGCAGUCUUUGAUCAUCCCCAUUGUACUCCUCACUAGUGCCUAACACCAUAUCCUAGGGAACAGAGCAGAGAACUCACUCUGUGCUGUCAGUGUUGUUGAAGGAGAAUAUUUAACCAGACAAGAGCCUGGAGUUCUUGUUCAUGUCCGUGUUCUUUCACAGAUACCAGCCUAUGCUUUACUUGGGCAAGCCAUAGAUGGCAGCUCCAGAAUACACAACUUCAUGACAAUUGUAUUAUCCUCUUCCCAAGCCUGUGCCUGUGCAGUCUCUCACUAAAACUCGGGUAUUGCUAGUCCUCCUUGCCCCUCAUAGUUAGCACAGCUCUGUGCUCCAUUUACAAGGCACCCAAAUGCCUUUUUUACUGCCUCACAGGAAAGCUUUUAACCACCAUGGCUGGGGUAAUGGCAAAUGACUUGGCAAGGUGUGAUAUGAGUUAUUAUGGUAAGGCUUUACAGGAAGUAAAAGUUGUGGAAGUAAUGCCCAGGCUUUUUUGGCAUCAACAAAACGGUUUACUUGGGGCAGGGAUUUGUAUUCUCUUGGUUCCUAGAAGUUUUGACUGCCAAGGCAUCUGGAACAGAGCCCGUGAAGCUCACAAAGUGAUGUAUCAAAAGAAAAUGUGAUGAAACCUUGGCACAUUAAAAUGUUCUUUGUUUUUUUUUCUUACCCCCCCUCCUUAUUCUCAUAUAAGCUGAUCUAUGAACAAGAAAUGAACUCUGGCAAUCUGUAUAUAAUACACUGUCUCAACUCUUAACAGCUUUCCAGUAAGUAAUAGUGCUUUUGGCAUAAGUAGUGAAACUCCUGCAAGAGAAAAUUAUUAGAAAUCUUUAUUUAAUAUUAAAGAUCCGCCUCAACUAAAA